CGCAAUGCUACAGCACAAAUCUUGCGAUUGCGGAAACCGAAAUUCGUCCGUUCAGUAAUUUUGAAUCCAGAGUCUUGGGGCAUAAGCAGCUAUAUAGUCGCGUUUCUAUUCCCCCUUCACUCCUGCACAUCUCACCUCGAAGCACAUUCUCUCUCACAGAAAUCAAGCCUUCUCAUCUGUCUCUUCCCCUCCUUUUGAUCACCUUAGCCUUUCUUUGCCAUGACUCGUUCCGAGUCUUUCUCUUUCAAUCCGGCUAGAGACAUUCCUAGCCUCUCAGGCAAGGUCAUCCUCGUCACAGGAGGCACUGCCGGUCUUGGCACAGAAACGAUCUUUCAACUCUCCAAGCACACUCCCCAGCGCAUCCUCUUCACAGGCCGCAAUGCAGCCUCUGCCGAAAAAGUCAUACAAUCCGCCAAGGAGGCCAAUGCCAAUCUCGACAUCGCUUUCGUUCAAUGCGACUUCAAUUCCCUCAAGUCAGUCCACGAUGCCGGAAAACAUGUCCUCUCUACCAACACAAGGCUCGACAUCUUGAUGUGCAAUGCUGGAAUUAUGGCCGUCCCCAAGGCGCUGACAAGUGACGGUUAUGAAGUGCAAUUCGGCGUCAACCACCUCGCACACGCACUGCUCAUUAAGACCCUUCUCCCGCUCCUAUUGCGAACAUCCGAACUACCGAGCGCCGACGUCCGCAUCAUAUCCAGCUCUUCCCUAGGUUUCGCAUUCGCCACCUCUAUCGUCUUCGACAAACUCCGUACAGAGCACGACAUGGCCGUCCUAGGUGCAUUCAGACGUUACGGUGAUUCUAAGCUCGCCAACGUGCUCUACGCCCAGCAGCUCGCGGUACAUUAUCCGCAGAUAACAAGUGUAUCUAUUCACCCAGGAGUUAUCCGAACAGGGCUGAUAGACACCUUAAGUACUUUCAACAAGUGCUUUUGCGAGUUGGCGACGGUGGGCCAGAAAAUUAGUAUACAGGAUGGAGCGAAGAAUCAACUUUGGGCAGCCACCUGUAAGAAAGAGAAGAUACAGAAUGGGGUAUUCUACGAGCCAGUGGGAAAGGUUGGGAGGACGACAAGUGCAAGUAAAGAUGCCAAGUUGGCCGCCAAGUUAUGGGAGUGGACGGAGGGGGAGUUAAAGGCAUUCGAAUCGUAACUACAGGGUUAAGCCGUAUGCUAACUGUAUAAAACGCCCAAGCUAUCCAGACUCAAGGGUAAAUGUCAAUUUAUCUAAGCCUCUCUUCCUAGGAAGGAAUUUUUGUGGUCGUAAGUUUGCCGAGCAACGCUAGGAGCUAGGGUGCGAAUUUCGACUCACGCUAGACGUCGCAGAGCUGAAAUCACUGUCGAACCCCUCAUAGCUCUACAAAUUAAAU